CCAUGAAAGUGCUCAAAACAUCCAUUCUCAUCAUCUUCCUCUUAGUUUUCGUGAAUGGGGUUGUAUCAUCUCCCCCUGAUGACCCCGUCAAGUGCACUGCCAACAACACAAACUGCGUCAUCACUAACUCUUAUGGCGCCUUCAACGACCGGAGCACUUGCAGAGCAUCCCAAGUAAUGUACCCAAACACGGAGCAGGAGCUUAUUUCCAUGGUGGCUUCAGCAUCAAAAUCCAACACAAAAGUGAAAGCAGCGACGAGAUAUUCCCACAGCAUGCCCAAGCUUGCUUGCCCCGGAGGCCAUGAGGGUAUCAUAAUAAGCACCAACAAGCUCAACCAUGUAGUGAAUGUUGAUGUAGUUAACAGAAGGAUGACGGUAGAGAGUGGGGUGCUUCUGAGAGACCUGAUCAAUGAGGCGGCCAAGAAUGGGUUGGCGUUGCCGUAUACGCCGUACUGGUGGGGACUGACGGUGGCGGGACUGUUGGCGACGGGGGCUCACGGCAGCUCGCUGUGGGGAAAGGGAAGUGCGGUUCAUGAGUAUGUGGUGUCCAUGAGGAUUGUGACGCCGGCGACGGCGGAAGAAGGGUAUGCGAAGGCGAGGAGCCUGAAUGAGUCAGAUGAAGAACUUGAUGCAGCCAAGGUGUCGCUUGGGGUUCUUGGGGUUGUUUCUCAGGUAACGUUACAGUUAGAACCCUUGUUUAAGCGAUCGCUUGCGUACGUGAUGAAGAAUGAUUCAGAUUUGGGAGAGGAAGUGAUUAGAUUUGGGAAAGAGCACGAGUUUGGUGAUGUGACAUGGUUACCCACACAAAAGAAGGCACUGUACAGAGUUGAUGAUCGAGUGCCCAUUAAUCAGCCUGGACAUGGUCUCUAUGAUACCCUUGGAUUUCGUCACACUCCGACUAUUCAAUUAGCUUCUGCCAGAGCCACAGAGGAGCUUCAAGAAGCAACGAGGGACGCUAAUGGAAAAUGCCGUGAUGCACAGUCGGCCACUAGGACAGCGCAGACAUCUGCUUUUGGCUUGACUAACAACGGUACAAUCUUUACUGGAUACCCGGUGAUUGGACAAAACAAUCGCAUACAAUCAUCUGGGUCAUGCCUAGAUGGCAAAGAAGACGCAUUGCUCACCAUUUGCUCCUGGGAUUCUAGACUCCAGCUUUUGUUCUUCUACGAAACAGCCUUCAGCAUCUCCUUAUCUAAUCUUUCAAGCUUCAUCAGAGAUGUGGAGAAGCUUGUUGAAUUAGAGCCGCAAGCACUGUGUGGAAUAGAGCUAAAUGGCGGCAUCCUCCUGCGCUAUAUCAAAUCUUCAAGUGCUUACUUGGGAAAAACAGAGGAUUCUGUGGAUUUUGAUUUUGUAUAUUACAGAAGCAAGGACCCACUGACUCCUAGGCUUUUUGAGGACAUUUUUGAGGAGAUUGAGCAGAUUGGAUUGCUCAAAUAUGGAGGGUUACCUCACUGGGGAAAAAAUAGGAAUUUCGCAUUCAAGGAAGUGAUCAACAAGUAUCCAAAUGCAAAUAAAUUUUUAAGUGUGAAAAUAAAGUAUGAUCCCCAGGGCAUUUUCUCUAACGAGUGGACCGAUCACGUUCUAGGAUUAAGUAAAGAUGUAAUAUUAAGGGAUGGGUGUGCUCUUGAAGGUUUAUGCAUAUGCUCCGAAGAUCGUCAUUGUGCUCCAGCCAAGAAAUAUUAUUGUAGGCCAGGGAGGGUUUACAAGAAAGCUAGAGUUUGUACUUUUGAAGGUUGAGACUUGUCUGAAGACAAGGUUUGUAGUGGAGAAAUAGUUCAAAUCGAAGUGUUUUUAU